AUGGAGAAUAUCGCGGCCACGGAGUCGCAAUGGUUGUCGCAACUAGCCGUCAUGCGCCAGGCCAUUGCUGAUUUGAAGCUCCCCAAAGAGCCCCAUGAGUCAAUUAGCUACGGGAGCGAUAUCGACCUGGACCUCGACGAUGACUAUUCUUCCCCAGGAACGGUUGAUGAUGUAUGGGAUGUUAUUAGUUCGGAUGAUGAAACGUCUGAUGAUUUGGACGAGUUGAAUGGGGUUCCCCUCCCACAGGCAUCCCUCUAUGGCCGAUCAUGGCUGCAAGACAAAUGUAUGGACCUGGCAGUUCGCAAUUCGAGCAUGGACGCAGGUGAACUGGCCCAGCAAAUCAUUGCCGCUUUAGCCACCGAUAUCCAAGACGACGAGCUACAGAUGUCCCUGGCUGAAAUCGUUGGAUUUGACGAUUUAGAUCUCGUCAUUGAGUUGAUCGCUCACCGGGCAGAGAUUUUGUCGGAUAAACCAACGCGGGGCGGGCCGCAGACAGAUGGGCUCAUGGGAGGCAUGCUUCAAACUCGUGCAGAGAGAGAGCUGGCGUUGCGACAGCACGAUUACGAACACAAGACUGCGCCUUUGAUGGCGGCACAGACGAGAUCAGAGCCAGUUUAUCCCCAUGUCUUCAAGAUGCACGACUCACGGAACCUCCUGGCUGCCGGGGGUAAGAAGUACGGACUGCCGCUUGGUAGUAAACAGGUCGAAGAACCCAAGUAUACAGAAUUUGAGAUUCCCGCGUCGAAGGUCGGGACGUUGGCAAAGGACCAGAAGCUGGUCGAGAUCGCCCGCUUGGAUGGUCUUUGCCGAGGCACAUUCAAAGGUUACAAAACCUUGAAUCGGAUGCAAAGCUUGCUCUAUGAUGUUGCCUACAAAACCAAUGAGAACAUGCUCAUUUGUGCUCCCACCGGCGCGGGUAAGACUGAUGCAGCCAUGCUUACAGUUUUGAAUGCUGUCGGGAAGAACACGGUGCCCAAUCCUCUGGAAGAGCCAGAUGCGACCGAGUUUGCUGUUCAAGUCGAAGAUUUCAAGAUUGUUUAUGUGGCCCCAAUGAAGGCUUUGGCCGCCGAAGUUACCGAAAAGCUCGGCAAACGCUUGGCCUGGCUAGGGAUUCAAGUUCGCGAGCUCACUGGCGAUAUGCAGUUGACCAAGCGCGAGAUUGUCGACACUCAAAUCAUUGUCACUACCCCUGAGAAAUGGGACGUGGUGACCCGGAAAAGCACCGGAGACACGGAGCUAGUCCAAAAGGUUCGGCUGCUAAUCAUUGAUGAAGUGCACAUGCUACACGAUGAACGGGGUGCAGUGAUUGAGUCCUUGGUUGCCCGUACACAGCGCCAGGUCGAAAGCACACAGUCUUUGAUUCGUAUUGUCGGCCUGUCGGCCACUUUGCCCAACUACGUCGACGUCGCCGACUUCUUAAAAGUGAACAAAAUGGCUGGGUUGUUUUUCUUCGACUCCUCGUUCAGACCAGUCCCCCUGGAGCAGCAUUUCCUUGGCGUAAAAGGAAAGCCUGGAUCCAAACAGUCUCGCGAAAACCUCGAUGCUGUUGCAUUUGAAAAAGUUCGCGAAAUGCUUGAACAGGACCACCAGAUUAUGGUCUUUGUUCAUUCACGCAAGGAUACGGUUAUGACCGCUCGAAUGUUGCGGCAGAUGGCAGCCGAAGAUGGAUGUGAGGACUUGUUUAGCUGCCAUGAUCAUGAGAACUAUUCCUCCGCCCUCCGCGAUAUGAAACAUGCUCGCGCACGCGAGCUCCGAGACCUGUUUGCCAGUGGGUUUGGGACACAUCAUGCUGGGAUGAGUCGCAGUGACCGCAAUCUCACGGAGCGGAUGUUCUCCGAGGGCUUGAUCAAGGUCCUGUGCUGUACUGCUACCCUUGCGUGGGGUGUCAAUCUGCCCGCCGCUGCAGUUAUCAUCAAAGGCACCCAGCUGUAUAAUCCGCAGGAAGGUAAAUUCAUUGACCUGAGUAUUCUCGAUGUGAUGCAGAUUUUCGGCCGUGCGGGUCGUCCCCAAUUCCAGGAUACUGGUAUUGGUUUCAUUUGCACUACCCACGACAAGCUGCAUCAUUAUUUGUCUGCCGUGACUGCGCAGCAGCCAAUUGAGUCUCGAUUCUCUGGUCGGCUCGUGGACAACUUGAAUGCCGAGAUCUCGCUUGGCACCGUCACGUCUGUCCCCGAAGCAGUGCAGUGGCUCGGGUACUCCUACCUUUUUGUGCGGAUGAAACGAGAACCUCGCAAUUAUGGGAUUGAAUUUGCCGAGCUACGGGACGACCCAAUGCUUGUCCAGAGGCGUCGACAACUGAUCAUCCAAGCGGCUCGAGUCCUCCAAAAGAGCCAGAUGAUCAUUUUCAAUGAGAAAACCGAAGAUCUCAGGGCCAAAGAUGUCGGUCGGAUUGCCAGCCAAUAUUAUGUUCUCCAGCCUAGCAUCGAGAUCUUCAAUGAGAUGAUGCGUCCCCAAGCAAGCGAAGCGGAUGUUCUCAAGAUGAUCAGCAUGAGCGGCGAAUUUGACAAUAUUCAAUCCCGCGAUAAUGAAUCAAAGGAGUUGCAGCGACUGCGAGACGAAGUUGCACAGACUGAGGUGGAAGGGGGCAAUGACUCGCCGCAUGCCAAAACGAAUAUCUUGCUUCAAUCCUACAUCUCUCGUGCAAAGCUCGAAGACUUCGCUUUGGUCUCGGACAUGGGAUAUGUUGCACAGAAUGCGGCCCGUAUUUGCCGCGCCAUCUUCAUGAUUGCAUUGAAUCGACGAUGGGGCUACCAAUGCCAAGUGCUUUUGUCGCUGUGCAAAUCCAUUGAGAAGCAAAUGUGGCCUUUUGACCAUCCUUUCCAUCAGUUUGAUCUGCCGCAGCCAGUUCUUAGGAACCUAGAUGAAAGGCUUCCUUCUUCCUCCAUUGAGUCAAUGCGAGAGAUGGAACCAACCGAAAUUGGCCAACUUGUCCACAAUCAUCGGAUGGGCAAGACGCUUUCAAAGCUCUUAGAUAACUUUCCCACUCUCAGUGUAGAGGCUGAAAUAGCCCCGCUGAAUCGGGAUGUCCUUCGCAUUCGCCUCCCCAUCUACCCUGAGUUCAGUUGGAAUGAUCGGCACCACGGAGGGUCCGAAUCAUUCUGGGUCUGGGUCGAGAAUUCAGAAACUUCUGAGAUUUACCAUCACGAGUAUUUCAUUCUCGGUCGGAAGAAGCUCUACGACGACCACGAGCUCAACUUUACCAUCCCUCUUUCCGACCCGCUGCCUAGUCAGAUCUAUGUUCGGUUGAUAUCUGAUCGCUGGCUCGGCGCAGAGACUGUCAGCCCAAUUUCAUUUCAGCACUUGAUUCGUCCUGACACAGAAAGUGUUUACACCGAUCUUCUCAAUCUGCAGCCGCUUCCAGUAGACGCCCUUAAGAACCCAGCUCUCGAAGAGCUCUACGGACAGCGCUUUCAGUUCUUCAACCCGAUGCAAACGCAGAUCUUCCACCUUCUGUACCACACGCCAGCUAAUGUUCUUCUUGGAUCCCCGACCGGCAGUGGAAAAACCGUGGCGGCUGAGCUCGCCAUGUGGUGGGCAUUCCGCGAGAAGCCCGGUUCAAAGGUCGUCUAUAUUGCGCCCAUGAAGGCUCUUGUUCGUGAGCGGGUGCAAGACUGGCGAAAGCGCCUGACGGGUCCCAUGGGUUUGAAGUUGGUCGAACUUACUGGUGAUAACACCCCUGACACCCGCACGAUCCGCCACGCCGAUAUCAUCAUCACGACGCCCGAGAAAUGGGACGGUAUCUCUCGUAGUUGGCAAACCCGAGACUACGUGCGAAAAGUUAGUUUGGUCAUUAUUGACGAGAUUCAUUUGCUCGGCGGGGACCGUGGACCAAUUCUGGAAAUCAUUGUGUCUCGUAUGAACUAUAUCGCUUCUCAGUCCAAGGGAUCUGUUCGCCUGAUGGGCAUGUCCACCGCCUGUGCCAACGCCACUGAUCUUGCGAAUUGGCUCGGGGUCAAAGAAGGCCUGUUUAACUUCCGACAUUCUGUCCGACCCGUCCCUCUGGAAAUUUUCAUCGAUGGGUUCCCUGAACAGCGUGGUUUCUGCCCAUUGAUGCAGUCUAUGAAUCGACCAACUUUCCUUGUGAUCAAGAAUCAUUCACCCGAAAAGCCAGUGAUUGUCUUCGUCGCUUCCCGGAGGCAGACCCGCUUGACCGCCAAGGACUUGAUCAAUUACUGUGGCAUGGAAGAUAACCCACGUCGUUUUGUCCGGAUGUCAGAAGACGACUUGGAUCUCAACCUCGCUCGAGUCAAAGACGAUGCCUUGAGGGAAGCCUUGAGCUUUGGGAUAGGCUUGCAUCAUGCUGGGCUGGUCGAGUCAGACCGGCAACUAGCGGAAGAGCUCUUUGCAAACAACAAGAUCCAGAUCUUGGUGGCCACCAGCACACUCGCUUGGGGUGUGAACUUGCCCGCCCAUCUGGUGGUGGUUAAAGGAACGCAGUUCUUCGACGCCAAGAUCGAGGGCUAUCGAGACAUGGACUUGACGGAUGUUCUGCAGAUGCUUGGUCGUGCCGGACGUCCUCAAUUCGACAAUUCCGGUAUUGCUCGAAUCUUCACCCAAGACGCGAAAAAGGCGUUCUACAAGCACUUCCUUCACACUGGCUUCCCAGUUGAAUCGACAUUGCACAAGGUUCUUGAUAACCAUCUGGGCGCCGAAGUCUCUGCUGGGACCAUCUCUACCAAGCAAGAUGCGCUGGACUACUUGACGUGGACAUUUUUCUUCCGUCGGCUUCACAAGAAUCCGUCAUACUAUGGACUCGAGAUAUCUGCAGAGGAGCAGAACACAAUGGCCGCGCAGUCUGUUGCUCAAGACUUUAUGAUUGAGCUGGUAGACAAAUCUCUCGAUGAUCUCGCAGAGUCUUCUUGCGUUCUGGUGGACUCUGCCACUGGAAAUGUCGACUCCACACCUUACGGCAAAAUCAUGAGUUACUACUACCUGUCGCACAAGACGAUUCGUUACCUCAUGUCUCACGCCAAGCGCGAUCCUACUUUCCAGGAUGUUCUAAGCUGGAUGUGCUCUGCAACUGAAUUCGAUGAGCUGCCCGUCCGGCACAAUGAGGAUCUGAUCAAUGCCGAGCUCGCGCAGAAUUUGCCCCUUUCCAUCGAGUCAAUGGGCGAUGUGCCCAUGUGGGACCCACAUGUCAAGGCGUUUUUGUUGCUUCAGGCGUACAUGUCACGGAUAGAUCUACCCAUUUCGGAUUACGUUGGUGACCAGACGUCCGUGUUGGACCAGGGCAUCCGUAUUAUCCAGGCUUCGAUCGAUCUCAUGGCCGAGCUGGGGUAUCUGCCCGCGUGCCAGAUGCUGAUGACUUUGCUCCAGUGCAUUAAGUCAGCCCGAUGGCCUGAAGAUCACCCCCUAUCUAUUCUCCCAGGUGUCCAAGUCGAAAACCCCCAACAUGCUCUGCCGGGCUCCCUUGUUGCGCUUUCGUCGCAGCCCGCCGCGUCGAUCUCAGAUUUUGUCAAGAAGCUUCAUCUGCCCCCUCAGUUUACUCGAGCUACCUCACAGUUGCCUCAUCUCACUAUCGCCGUGGCAAAUGCUUCGGCCAAGGGCAUGAUGGUAUCCCUCUCUCGGCGAAACCCUGCCACCAACCCCGAUUACCGAAUCUAUGCUCCUCGGUUCCCCAAGCCGCAGACAGAAGGCUUCUUCCUAAUUGUAAGCAGUGCGCUGCCGGAUGGGACAGACGGCGAGCUACUCGGAUUAAAGCGGGUGUCCUGGCCUCCGAUGUCCAAGCAACGUGGCAACAACAAAGGCAAUUCCAUUGCUGGCUCCAGCCAAAGUGGAUCUGCUCAUCAACAAAACAGGAACGGGGGUGGUUCGCUCACUGUGCGCUCGUCGGUCAAAUUCCCCGAAUCUGUGCUCUCGCAGUUGCCCUCCGCCACGACGGGUGGCACCGCCCAGGUCAACGUCAGAGUCAUCAGCGAUUCAUACAUUGGGAUGCAGUGGAACUUGUCGGAUGUGGAGGUGGCUUUGAACACAGGACCCCAGACACAGUCUGUGCCAGAGUCGUCCAGUGUUUCCCUCAAGAGUUGA